CCCCUUUCCCUUCAUCUUCCAGAACCAAAAAUGGCAGAUCUAAAAGCAAGCAUCGCCGCCGACGCCAAACUAGAGAUGUGGAGCUACGCCCUGGGCUUCACUCCCAUGGCCCUUGUCAAAUGCGCCAUCGAUCUCCAAAUCGCCGACGUCAUCGACUCCCACGGCGGCUCCAUGACGCUCCCCGCCCUCUCCGCCGCCCUCGCCUGCUCCCCGCCGGUCCUCCGCCGCAUCAUGCGCUACCUCGUCCACCGCCGCAUCUUCUCCCACACCGCCUCCACCUCCUCCUACUCGCAGACGCCCCUCUCGCGUCUGCUGAUGAGAGGCGCCGCCGACAGCAUGGCGGCGCUCGUCCUCCUGGAGAGCACGCCGACGAUGCUGGCGCCGUGGCAGCGCCUCAGUCUGCGUGCUCGCCAGGCGGACGGAUCGCCCUUCCAGGACGAGCACGGCCGCGACCUCUGGGGCCACGGCGGUGCCAAUCCGGAGCACAGCAAGCUGUUCCAUGACGGAAUGAGCUGCAUCGCCGCCGCGUCCGCCGCCGCGGUGGUGGAGCAGUAUCCGGAGGCGUUUGAUGGGAUUUCGUCGCUGGUGGAUGUUGGCGGCGGCGACGGGACCGCCCUACGGAUUCUGGUGAAGGCGUUUCCUUGGAUUAAUGGGAUUAACUUUGAUCUGCCUCAUGUGGUUGGCGCUGCGCCGCCUUGCGACGGUGUGGAGCGUGUCGCCGGAGACAUGUUUGAGGCUGUUCCCAAAGCUGAUGCUGCUUUUCUCAUGUCGGUACUGCACGAUUGGAACGACGAGGAAUGCAUAGCGAUUCUGAGAAAAUGCAAGGAGGCAAUCAAGGAGAAGGUGAUGAUCGUGGAGGCAGUGAUUGGGGAAGAGGAGGAAGAGGAUGGGGACAAGUACAGCGAUGUGCGGCUAGCGUUGGACAUGGUGAUGUUGGCUCACACAUCUGGGAAAGAAAGGACUUUGAAGGAGUGGGAAUAUGUAGUGAAAGAGGCUGGUUUCAGUAGGUUCACAGUCAAACAUAUCAAGGCCAUUCCAGCAGUUAUUGAAGCCUAUCCUUGACCAUCAAUGUUUUCACUAUUUCAUACUAUGUCCUUGCAUUUUAAUUUCUCUUUAGUUGUUUGGAAUAAAUGCAACAUUGCAUUUUAUUUUUGUUA